ACUAAACUGGAGAACGACUUCCGGCAGCAUCUGAUCAAACACUCGGAUCGGUUCGCGUGCAGUGAAUGCGAUAAGCGGUUCCUAAAGGAGGCGCACCUCCGGCACCACAUGCGCUCACACGACGACACCCUCAAGUUGAGGUGCGAGUGGCCCGGCUGUGAGCGGCUGUUCACCUCUAAGAGCAACUUCAAGUCGCAUAUGAAUACCCAUACCGGGGAACAGGUGUACGCGUGCGAGUGGCCCGGCUGUGGAAAGACAUCACUCAAUCAGAAGUCGAUGUUGAGUCACGCGGCAAAAGCCCAUAAG